GAUACUGCGUUUACAGAUAAAGGUUAUGCGUUCCUGAUGCUUGAGCUCCUCUCAGAGCUUUCUGUAUAAUGAAACUGUUCCAAUAGUUUCAUGAUACACAGAGAUCUUACUGCCGGCUCACUGGGAUUUAUCUUAAACCAAAGGGUCCGUAAACUGUGCCAAUGUCUCCUGCAUGGAUAAUACAACCAAUAUGAAGCGUCCAAAGAGCCCUGACUGGCUGGACAGCAGCCCUCCUCCCAAGAGUCAGGAAGGACAGGCGGAGGAAGAAGAUGAGGAAGAUGAAGAGGAGAGGAGGGUGCACAGAGCCAAACGAGAGCGACGUCAAGGCAGCAGCAGUGCCACUAUGUGCCAGGUGUGCAACAUACAGCUGAACUCUAGCACCCAGGCCCAGAUCCACUACCGAGGGAAGACACACCAGAGGAGGCUGCGCCGGCUAGCAAAAGCUGUCAGCACAGGUGCCCUCUCCCAGAGCCAGGUCCACCCACUCUUGGGCUCCCUGUCUCUGCCAGGUCGACCCCUCCAGCCGCAGACUCAUGCCCAGCUGGAGCACUUCCUGCCGCUCAGGGUCAACAGCUCCUCGCCGCUCAGCCUCUUCCCCAAUUUCAGCAACAUGGACCCAGUUCAGAAGGCAGUGAUCAACCACACCUUUGGCGUGGCUCCACCCAAGAAGAAACCCAUCAUUUCCUGUAACAUCUGUCACCUGCGCUUCAACUCCACUACCCAGGCCGAGGCCCACUACAAAGGUCACAAACAUGUUCGCAAGCUGAAGGCCUUGGAGACCCAGAGGAACCGGCAGAAGAAUGGACACAGUCCAUCCACAACAGGAAAAGACGGAGAGCGAAGGAGGGGGGUGAUGGGAGGAGGAACAGUGCCCACAGUCUCACAUUUGAAAGCCAUAACAGGCCCAAGUUGUUCUUCCCAACCUGCACAGCAGAGACCAGAAAGCGUCCAGGAAAGCUUGCUGGCACACACUCCGUCCUUACAGCCUUCAUCCACAGAUUCCUCCUCACUCCGCUCUCCUCAGCUGUCCCCACGGAUAUCCCCUGGCUCUCAGCUUUCCGAUCUACCUUCAGACAGUCAAACCGUUGAAGGGUGCAGCUUGGCCAUCGGUUCAGGCCCACACUCUGACCCUCAGGGGAGCUCCACGGGAGGUGAGCAGAACGAGGUGGUGAAGGAGGAAGAGGCUAAAGAGGCCAAGAGCAACAAAAAACCUCUUCACUGUCCUUCGUGCAAAGUGACGGUCAAUUCCAGCUCACAGUUGGAGGCUCACUGUAGUGGCUCGAAGCACAAACAGAUGAUUGAUGGUCCCAACAGCAGCCAGUCACAACGCAGGGUCAAGAUGACGUCAUCGCCCAGGCCAACCAGCCGAAUUAAGCAGCGAAUGAGCAGCAAGACCAGAGCAGUUGUGGGUGUAUCUAGCCAGCCCUUUCACUGUGAAAUGUGUCGGGUGUCCGUCAACUCAGAGACACAGCUGAAGCAGCACAUGAGCAGCAGGAGACACAAAGAGCGGUUGGCUGGGAAGCCUGUCAAGGCGAAGUUCACCCCCUAUAAUAAACUACAGCCCAGUGCUAUCUUAGCGACUAAACUGGCCCUGCACAAGCAGCUAUCUAAGGUCUUGCCGGCAGGGUUCCUGACCAGCCCCCUCAAUCAAGCUGCCUUGUGCACCAUGGCGUCUGGACCCUUGGCACUACGGCUGCCGCCGGGUCCCACAGCCUUCAUCCAUGGUCCCCUGAUCAGCCCCACACUCUUUAGGCCUGCCCCAGGACCUUUGAGGGCCACACAUGCUCCUAUUAUCUUCACUCCUUACUAGCAAUGAGCCAGGCUAGGCUGGAGGACUUACAGUACAGUGGACCUAAACUAGCCAAAGCUGGAAAA